AUGAUUGGCCUCCGUGGGAGCCGUUCGUAUAGCUUGACGCUAGGAGUGCCUACAGCUGUGGCCGACGGAUAUUUCUGGCAUCACGAUGUGAUGCUGAAUACCGCCGUUCAUACCCAGUCUCCUCAGACGUUCCCUGUUGUCCUCUCAACCUCUACCCUCUAUAUCAUCACAAUGAAGUUCCUCGCCGUCCUCUCCGCCCUGGCCGCGUCCGCCGCUGCGACUGUCAUCGUCCCGCGCGCGACGAACCCCGGCAACGCAUCCAUCACGAUCUUCUCGCCCACCAACCUGCAGAACAUCGGUGCGCCGGGCGAUACCUUCGGCAUCUCCAUCGGCGAGUUGAACGAUGGUCACAUUGGCUUCCAAGAGACCCAGCUCUCGCUCGUUCUCGGUAUCAACCCCUGCGGUGACGACGACGUCUGCGGCGACAACCCUGCAGGCUUCUUCGGAGACGUGCUGUACCAAGGCAUUCUCGAGACCAGCGACAUGUUCAUCAACGCGACUAUCCCUGAGGGCUUCCUUGACGGCCGCGCAUCGUUGAACCUGUUCCAUGCUGCCCUGACGCAGACGCAGAACGGGCCGUUGGAGGUGUUCACGGAGAUCAAGCAGGUCACUGUUGUUGUUUCGCCGGCUUAG